AUGUCAGGACGGGGAAAGCAGGGAGGUAAAGCCCGCGCCAAGGCCAAGUCGCGCUCGUCCCGCGCAGGCCUUCAGUUUCCAGUGGGCCGAGUCCACCGUCUAUUGCGCAAAGGUAACUAUGCUGAGCGUGUCGGAGCUGGCGCGCCUGUCUACAUGGCAGCUGUGCUCGAGUACCUGACGGCGGAAAUCUUGGAGCUCGCGGGCAAUGCUGCCCGCGACAACAAGAAAACUCGCAUCAUUCCCCGGCAUCUCCAGUUGGCCAUCCGCAACGAUGAGGAGCUCAACAAACUGCUGGGCAAAGUCACUAUCGCCCAGGGCGGCGUUUUGCCUAACAUCCAGGCUGUUUUGUUACCAAAGAAAACUGAAAGUCACAAAGCUAAGAGCAAAUAA